CAAAACACAAGAAAGUGUCGUAGAGAGAAAUGAGAAGUGUAUCAAACUACACUUUCAUCUUAGUUCUGUUUCUUGAUUUCUAUGUUUCAGCAAACACUUUGUCUACCAAAGAGUCUAUUACUAUCUUAAGCAACAAAACUAUCAUAUCUCCUACUCAAAUCUUCGAGCUCGGUUUCUUCAAUCCCGCAUCGAGUUCGCGUUGGUACCUCGGUGUUUGGUACAAGAUAAUCCCUAAAAGAACCUACGUAUGGGUUGCGAACAGAGACAGUCCUCUUUAUGGUUCUAACGGAACUCUCAAACUAUCCGACAAUAACCUCGUCCUUGUCGAUCAAUCCGAUACACCUGUUUGGUCGACGAAUCUUACCGGAGGGAACGUGAGACCACCAGUGGUCGCAGAGCUUCUUGAUAAUGGUAACUUCGUGCUUAAAGACUCCAAUGAUAGAGUUAUGUGGCAGAGUUUUGAUUUUCCUACAGAUACUUUAUUACCGGAGAUGAAACUUGGAUGGGAUCGCGAAACCGGAUUCAACAGAAUCUUGAGAUCUUGGAAAACCGAAGAUGAUCCAUCAAGCGGCGAUUUCUCGACUAAACUCGAAAAUAGAGACUUCCCUGAGUUUUACGUAUGCAGCAAGGAAGCCAUAAUGUACCGGAGCGGUCCAUGGAACGGAAUCCGGUUUAGCAGCGUACCGGGGACGAAACAAGUUGAUUACAUGGUUUACAACUUCACAGGAAGUAAAGAUGAAGUCACUUACUCAUACAGAAUCAACAAAACUAACAUGUACUCGAUGUUAAGCCUAAGCUCCGCGGGGUUAUUACAAAGAUUGACUUGGUUUGAGACAACACAAAGCUGGAAACAACUAUGGUACUCACCAAAGGACCUAUGUGAUAGCUACAAAGAGUGUGGGAAUUUUGGUUAUUGCGAUUCCAACACGUUACCAAAUUGUAAUUGUAUCAAAGGGUUUAAGCCAAAGAAUGAGGAAGCUUGGGAUUUAAGAGAUGGUUCUGGUGGUUGCAUUAGGAAGACGAGGCUAAGCUGUGACGGUAGAGAUGGUUUUGCGCGGUUGAAGAGGAUAAAACUGCCGGAUACUAAUGUAACAAUUGUGGAUAGAGGAGUUGGGUUGGAAGUAUGUAAAGAGAGGUGCCUUAAAGAUUGUAAUUGCACGGCGUUCGCUAAUGCCGAUAUUCGUGAUGGCGGUUCGGGUUGUGUGAUUUGGAACGGAGAGAUUUUGGAUAUGAGGAAUUUUGCUAAGGGUGGUCAGGAUCUUUACGUUAGACUAGCCGCUGCUGAUCUUGUGAACAAGCGAGCCAGAAAUGAAAAAAUCAUAGGUUCGAGUAUUGGAGUGAGCAUUUUGCUUCUUCUAAGUUUUAUUAUCUUCUAUUUUUGGAAAAAGAAGCAGAAGCGAUCAAUAGCAAUUCACACACCUAUUGUUGAUCAAGUGAGAAGCCAGGAUUCAUUAAUGAAUGAAGUGGUAGCAUCAAGCAGGAGAUACACAUCAAGAGAAAACAAAAUAGAAGAUCUAGAGCUCCCAUUGAUGGAGUUUAAAGCUAUUGCCAAGGCAACAAACAAUUUUUCCAACACCAACAAGCUUGGACAAGGUGGUUUCGGUAUUGUUUACAAGGGAACGUUACUUGAUGGAAAAGAAAUCGCGGUGAAAAGACUAUCGACAAUGUCUUCUCAAGGAACCGAUGAGUUCAUGAACGAGGUUAGGCUAAUUGCAAAGCUUCAGCAUAUAAACCUUGUCCGGCUUCUUGGUUGUUGCGUUGAUAAGGGAGAGAAGAUGUUGAUCUAUGAGUACUUGGAGAAUCUAAGCCUUGAUUCUCAUCUCUUUGACCAAACUCGACGCUCUAACUUAGAAUGGCAGAAGAGAUUUGAUAUUGUCAAUGGAAUUGCUAGAGGACUUCUAUAUCUUCAUCAAGAUUCACGGUGUAGGAUCAUCCAUAGAGACUUGAAAGCAAGUAACGUAUUGCUUGAUAAAAAUAUGACUCCGAAGAUCUCGGAUUUCGGGAUGGCUAGGAUCUUUGGACGGGAAGAGACAGAAGCUAAUACGAGGAAGGUGGUUGGAACAUACGGCUACAUGUCUCCAGAAUAUGCAAUGGAUGGGAUAUUCUCAAUGAAGUCAGAUGUUUUUAGCUUUGGUGUCUUGCUUCUGGAGAUUAUAUGUGGCAAGAGAAAUAAAGGAUUCUACAACUCAAACCGCGAUCUUAAUCUCCUCGGUUUUGUGUGGAGGCAUUGGAAAGAAGGUAAAGGGUUAGAGAUUGUAGAUCCAAUCAAUAUAGAUUCUUCAUCAUCAUCUACAUCCCGGACACAUGAAAUUUUAAGAUGUAUACAAAUUGGUCUCUUGUGUGUUCAAGAACGUGCCGAAGACAGACCAGUGAUGUCGACAGUAAUGGUAAUGCUUGGAAGUGAAACUACGGCUAUUCCUCAGCCUAAACGCCCCGGUUUUUGCGUCGGGAGAAGUCCUCUUGAGGGUGAUUCUUCGUCAAGUACACAACGCGACGAUGAAUGUACAUUUAACCAAAUCACUCUAUCAGUCAUUGACGCUCGGUAAUUUGUAUCUUACCGAGCCAAUCUGUUUGGAUGCAUAUUAUUUUUCUAUGUAAGUUUCAAAAUAAAAUGUUUUCUAUCUAAAGAUUUUCUAUG